AUUUACUUAGUCACUUGCCACAAUAUGAGAAGAGUGCAGAGGUUAUGAGAGGAGGACAUGUUAAGAAUUAAAAGUCAACACCAGUGGAGUACGUCUUGCCCGGGGUUUAGAGGAAUCUUUGCAGGACUUUGGUGUUGUUUCUGUCAACACACAGGAGGCACAACCGCACAAUAGAACAGAGGGAUUUUUAUAGGUCUACAAACAGUUCACCAGUUCAUAAUAUGUGAGGAGUUGAAUCAGUCAACACUGUGAUGAGGCCUUUACCGUUCACCUCAGACCUGUGGGUGCUGUGUGUCUUCCUGACUCUCUCUCUCUGGGGCGUCACUGCAGCGCUGUCACCGGCAGAGGAGUUUAAAUCAGUGGGACAGAAUGAGACCAGUGUAACUCUGCAGUGGAAAAAAGUGGGAAACAUCCUCAGUUAUACUCUAGUGUUCAAUGGACGAGAGAUAAACGUCACUGCAUCAGAGAGAAAUGUAUACGUGACAGAGACAAUCUCAGGUCUCAGCAGUGGAACUAAAUAUGACUUCAGUCUCUUCACUGUGUUUGAAAACAUCACGAGCAGUGGAGUAAACCUCGCUGCAGCCACUGUUCCUCCAAAUGCAGAGGAGUUUAAAUCAGUGGGACAGAAUGAGACCAGUGUAACUCUGCAGUGGAAAAAAGUGGGAAACAUCCUCAGUUAUACUCUAGUGUUCAAUGGACGAGAGAUAAACGUCACUGCAUCAGAGAGAAAUGUAUACGUGACAGAGACAAUCUCAGGUCUCAGCAGUGGAACUAAAUAUGACUUCAGUCUCUUCACUGUGUUUGGAAACAACACGAGCAGUGGAGUAAACCUCACUGCAGCCACUGUCCCUCACAGCACAGAGGAGUUUACAUCAGUGAGACAGAAUGAGACCAGUGUAACUCUGCAGUGGAAAAAAGUGGGAAACAUCCUCAGUUAUACUCUAGUGUUCAAUGGACAAGAGAUAAACGUCACUGCAUCAGAGAGAAAUGUAUAUGUGACAGAGACAAUCUCAGGUCUCAGCAGUGGAACUAAAUAUGACUUCAGUCUCUUCACUGUGUUUGAAAACAUCAGGAGCAGUGGAGUAAACCUCGCUGCAGCCACUGUUCCUCCAAAUGCAGAGGAGUUUAAAUCAGUGGGACAGAAUGAGACCAGUGUAACUCUGCAGUGGAAAAAAGUGGAAAACUUCACCAAUUAUUUACUCAAGUACAAUGAACGAGAGAUAAACGUCACUGCACAAGACGGAACUGCAUAUGUGACACAGACAAUACCAGAUCUGAGCAAUGGAACUAAAUAUGACUUCAGUCUCUUCACUGUGUUUGAAAACAACACGAGCAGUGGAGUAGACCUGACUGCAGCCACUGCCCCUCUUAACUCAGAGGAGUUUAAAUCAGUGGAACAAACUGAGACCAGUGUAACUCUGCAGUGGAAAAAAGUGGGAAACAUCCUCAGUUAUACUCUAGUGUUCAAUGGACGAGAGAUAAACGUCACUGCACAAGACGGAAAUGUAUAUGUGACAGAGACAAUCUCAGGUCUCAGCAGUGGAACUAAAUAUGGCUUCAGUCUCUUCACUGUGUUUGAAAACAUCAGGAGCAGUGGAGUAAACCUCACUGCAGCCACUGUUCCUCCAAAUGCAGAGGAGUUUAAAUCAAUGGGACAGAAUGAGACCAGUGUAACUCUGCAGUGGAAAAAAGUGGAAAACUUCACCAAUUAUUUACUCAAGUACAAUGGACUAGAGAUAAACUUCACUGCACAAGACGGAAAUCUAUAUGUGACACAGACAAUCUUGGAUCUGAGCAAUGGAACUAAAUAUGACUUCAGUCUCUUCACUAUGUUUGAAAACAUCAGGAGCCGUGGAGUAAACAUCACUGCAGCCACUGCCCCCCUAAAUGCAGAGGAGUUUACAUCAGAGGGACAGAAUGAGACCAGUGUAACUCUGCGGUGGAAAAAAGUGGGAAACAUCCUCAGUCACACUCUAGAGUUCAGUGGACGAGAGAUAAAUGUCACUGCAUCAGAGGAAAAUGAAUAUGUGACAAAGACAAUCUUGGAUCUGAACAGUGGAAUUAAAUAUAGCUUCAGACUCUUCACUGUGUUUGAAAACAUCAGGAGCCGUGGAGUAAACCUCACUGCAGCCACUGUUCCUCCAAAUGCAGAGGAGUUUAAAUCAGUGGGACGGACUGAGACCAGUGUAACUCUGCAGUGGAAAAAAGUGCAAAGCUUCACCAAUUAUUUACUCAAGUACAAUGAACGAGAGUUAAACGUCCCUGCACAAGACGGAAAUGAAUAUGUGACACAGACAAUCUUGGAUCUGAGCAGUGGAACUAAAUAUGUCUUCAGUCUCUUCACUGUGUUUGAAAACAUCAGUAGCCGUGGAGUAAACCUCGCUGCAGCCACUGUCCCUGGCAGCACAGAAGAGUUUACAUCAGUGGGACAGAAUGAGACCAGUGUAACUCUGCAGUGGAAAAAAGUGGGAAUCAUUCUCAGUUACACUCUAGUGUUCAAUGGACAAGAGAUAAACGUCACUGCAUCAGAGAGAAAUGUAUACGUGACGGAGACAAUCUCAGGUCUCAGCAGUGGAACUAAAUAUGACUUCAGUCUCUUCACUGUGUUUGAAAACUACAGGAGCAUUGGAGUAAACCUCACUGCAGACACUGUUCCUCCAGCAGUGUCUUUGGUCAUAGUAAGUGAACGUUCAGUGACCAGAGUGACUCUGAAGUGGGAUGGUGUGAAUAGAGACUGGAGCUACUUGCUUCAGAUGAAUGGCCUUGAUGUGACCGUGAGCCCAGACAAUUCCUUAGAUGUGUCCUCUUCAGUCACUUCUCUGAAACCUGGGACAGAGUAUCCCUUCAGUGUGACCACAAUGUUCUCCGGACUCAACAGUACUGCUUAUACAGGCUUCACAGUAACAGCCAUAGACUGUGCAAAAGUGUUCUGGCACGUGACUAACACAUCGAUCCAAGGGACCGUUCAAGGUUUAUUCUCAAACGCCACAGCCUCUUAUAACCAAACCCAUGUCAGUCCUGGAGGUAGCAAUGUGUCCUUCACUGGCCUUCACCCUGGUGCAACGUACGAAGUGUGUCUCGUGUACAAUAUAAAUUCUACAUCCUUUGAACAGUGUCGCCACAAUCUAACCAUCCUUCCUCCAACUUUGAGUGCUCACUGUGAGUACUGGGAUGCUGGCUAUUCCAUCAAUAUCGUGUGGAAUAAACCUCGUGGCUUGUGGACUGCAGUGGAGGUGACUGUGUCCGAGCAAACUCACACAUUUCCUGAAAAUGGAGAGCAGCAUGCAACAAUACACGGAUUCCGUCCUGCCCAAACAUACACUGUAUCUUUAGUGUCACUGUCUGGGACUGUGAGGCGCUCUGAGCCAGUGGUUUUUUCAUGUGCUACCGAUCCAAGGGGAGUCAUUGCCGGAGCAUCCCUCGGUGUGCUGCUUUUCUGUAUCCUGGUAUUACUGGUGGUCAUCAUUAUUUAUAAAAGACCAAAUUUAAUCAGAAACAAGAAAUUAUAUCGUGGAUCCAAAGGCGUCCACAGAAGUUACAAACCUAUACAUGUAUCAGCGUUUCCAGCCCACUACCACGGGUUAAGUGCAGAUGACAACAGAGGUUUCAGUGACGAAUAUAAGAGCCUUGCUCCUGUUGGCACAACGCAGAAAAAAAAAGUCUGCACCCUGCCUGGAAACAAAGAAAAGAAUCGUUUCAACAACAUCCUGCCGUAUGACUGGUCUCGGGUGAAGCUGAAUACAUCCAAGUCCAAGGGGAGGUCUGACUACAUUAAUGCUAAUUACAUUCCAGGCUACAACAGCAAGAAAGAGUUCAUCGCCACUCAGGGUCCUCUGCCCUCCACUGUCAAUGACUUCUGGAGGAUGAUUUGGGAGCAACGGGUGAAAGGCAUCGUCAUGGUAACCAACUGCGUUGAGGGAGGACGGCCCAAGUGUGAUCAUUACUGGCCUGAAGACAGCACGCCUCGCUUUUACAAAGGGGUGCGGGUCACCAUCACAUCUAAGCAAGAGGAACCCUACUGGACAUUGAGGGAAUUUAGUGUGAAACAUAUCGACUCCUCAGAGGAGCGCAUAGUGACACACUUCCACUUCACAGCCUGGCCUGACCACGGAGUCCCCGAGGGCACUAUCCCCCUGAUCCAGUUUAGAGGACUGGUGAGAUGGCACAUGGAGAAAGAAGGGGCUGGAGCACCAACUGUGGUUCACUGCAGUGCUGGAGUGGGGAGGACCGGCACGCUAAUUGCCCUGGAUGUGCUGCUGCAGCAGCUCGGCCACAACAAUGCAGUGAGCGUCUAUGCUGUUGUGCACAAGAUGAGACAGAGUCGAACACACAUGGUGCAGACGGAGUGGCAGUAUAUUUUCCUGCACCAGUGCAUCAUGGACUGUCUGGAACAAGAUAAGACUGAAGACAAUGUGUACGAGAAUGUGGACAUGACGUACGCCAACGCCACUGCCCUCAGAGAGCUUCGUUAACCCCAGACACACGAUGUUCAACCCUACAGGCUUUGUUUUGCACUCUUAUAAUACUGUAUAAAUAUAAAUACUUACAUUUAGGGACUGUAUUUACUUUAAGUGCACUUUAGGUUAUUUUUCUCAUUCUUCCAAUCUGCCAAAUAUCUAGUUUGAAUAAUAUUGUAAGACAAAGCAUCGCCACAGGCUUUAGAUUAUUUACAUUUAUUAAAUAAAAAAAUAAAAUCAGAAUGCUUGUACAAGAAACAAAACAUUUUGUAACAAAAACAUCUGAAUCUAAAUUUAACUUGCACUUGCAAUGCUAUUCAAACAUUCAACAGGAAUAUUUGUCAAAUUACCUCCAACUCCAGCAUAAGAGAGCUAGUAAGGGUAAUCCAGAGAUCAGUGUGUUGAGCUAAGGAGUUGUUCAUACCAAACACCUGUAUUUAUCUUUUUAUUAUUUACACGUGAAGGAUAAAGCAGUAGAAGAUAAAUGAGUGAGUGAUUUUUCAUAUACUGCAAAAACAGGAAAGUGGCACGUAAAACAUCGUUUGAGGGGGGCCCUUUUUCGCUGCUGCACCACCUCAAUCUAAACGCAUGCAAAGGGUUUAGCCAAAGAACCGACUUUGGUAGAAAUAACAGGUGUUGAGUGGACACAUGGUUACAGAACAGCGUCCAGCAGAAGGCAGGAGAAUCAACAUCAUAUUCCAGGUAGCUAGCACCAUAAUAAGAUAGCCUAACUUACACUUAGCAUACCAGGUUUAGCAGCUAGCUAACUACUGUAAACACUUGGAUUUAAUAGUUGCUAAAAUCAUAGACGUAAUAUCAUCAAAGCAUACUUGACUUUGUCAUAUUUGGACUCAACAUGUGGCUUCUUUCUUGUAGAAAUCAUCUGUGAUGUCAUGUGACAGGAAUGCACAGGGCAUAUGGAGGCGUGGUCUCAAUAGCUCUGCAGUCAGUUGUGGUUAGGGAAUGGUUUUUAAAACUGUAUUUUCAGCAAAGUUGAUUGUUUUAGCCAAAUUAAAAUGAUACAAUAUAACAUUAAUCAACUAUAA